GGUGCCAAAAUGUGCAGACAUAGAGUGACAAGCCCGACUCUGGCCCGAAUGGCCGUGUUUGUUGCCUGGCUCGGUAUUGUAGUUAAAGGGCAGACGCUAACGUUUAUCACUGGAAAGAAUGUAACGACAACAGCCAAUGCGACUGCUGCGUACGCGGCGACCUACCUGACGAGCAUCUCCACGCAGAAUGGUCUGGCCGGGUGGAACUACAUGAACGGUGGCACCUACUUCCAGGGCAGCACCGACACACACUAUCUAGGCGACACCAGCGCCAGCCCUUACGGCAGCAGCGCCAACCCCGACAAAUUCCGCACACUCAUCCGCUUCGAGGGGCUGCACAGGUACAUACCUGAUGGGGCGGUCAUAACAGCUGCGGAGCUGUCGCUCACGUUUGUAAACUGGCGAGCCCCGGUUCAGGUUCAGGGCUGCUUUAUGAACACAAGUUGGGACUACAGCCAGGGCAUCGCACCCAGGUUCCAGUCCACGGGCUGGGCCUUCGCCGGCUACAACACCGCCAGCAGCACCCCCCGGCCCUGGAGCCAGCCCGGAGCCUGGGCGGACUGCGACUCCCGCGCCGCCAUCUUUCUGGUGGUGCCCGGCAACGGCGCGUACGGCUACGUGAGCCAGACGCUGGCGCUGGACCCCCGGCUGGUGGCGGGUUGGCUGGCUGACGGCGGCAGCCACAACUUCGGCCUGCUGUUCCGGGGGCUGAACGACAGUCUGGGCCUGGUGGGCAGCGCAUACAGCGGGCCCUACGCCAUGGCGCGCCGGCCCGCGCUCAGCCUGACCUACAGCACCGCAGCAGGGGCGCAGCCGCCCAACGCCACCUACCCCGUCAAGCUGGGGGCCGUCUCGCGCAUCUGGUACGUCGCCACGUACGGCAACGACGAGGCCGGCAGCGGCCACACCGACCUGCCGUUCCGCUACCCCACCAAGGCCCUGUUUGAGGCCUGGCCGGGCGACCGCAUUUUCCUGAAGACCGGAGCCUACCCUGGUGCACUCAACAUCGAGCGGGCUGGCAUCACGCUGCAGAGCGCCCCCAGCCACUGGGCGGUGCUGUCGCUGCCACUGGAUGACCCGCAGAACGCCGUCAACGUCAUCACUGUCAGGCCCAACGCGGACUACCUAGUCAUCCAGAACCUGGAGAUCACAGGCGGCUUCUAUUACGGCAUCAUGUUCUUCACCACGUGGGAGAACUACGGCACGGCGGCGGAGCGCUCGGCGCAGGGGCGGGCCGCCAAGCAUGCACUCAUCCAGAAUGUGCGAAUCCACGACACGGGCAGCAGUGGCGUGAAGCUGGUCAUGAAGGCCACGAAUGUGACGUUCAAGUCGUGUGAGGUCCACAACACGGGCGCGCGGCUGCGGGUGGCGGGCCACGGCAUCGAGGCGGUACAGGCUCACGAUGUGACGGUGCGAGACUGCUAUCUGCACGAUAUCCCCGGCGCCGGCGUGCACCUGGCUGGCGGCUCCUCGCGGGCGCUGCUGGAGCGGAACUACGUGGAGCGGACCGGGUUUGGCUUCAACCUGGGGUUUGACACGGACACGGAGUACUUUGACACGGCGGCAAACCCGACGCUGUACGAGAGCAUCAACGCAACUGCCCGCAACAACAUACUGGUCGGCAUUAGCAUGGCCGGCAUCAACGUGUGGGCAGGAUACGGCGCCGUCAUUGCGCACAACACGCUGUGGCACACACAGGCCACGGCCCAGGCCUCCAUCCUUCUGGCGGCCACCCCGCGCGACAGCGGCACAGUCACGCCCUGCGCCAACGCAGUGGUGUGGGGCAACUUGUUGGUUAGGGAGCCCGCAGCGCGGGCGGGACCCGUGUUCCAGAUCCGAGCGGGCGGUCUGGAUCCAGGUGUGGGCAACAGCACCUCGUUAGUCAUGGCCUACAACGUGUACUACGACCAAGCGGGCCUGGGCGGGUCUGUGUUCCAGUGGGGCAAGGGCGCCAUGCUGGAGGACGAGCGGCUCAACAGCACCUUUGUGGGCAACGCCAGCGGCUGGGCCGCCCACUGCUCCUCCCGGCUGCGCCAGUCUUUCUGCGACGUCAACAGUACCGAGGCGGACCCGCGCUUGGGCGCCGACUUCGGCCCGCUCUUCCCAUGCAGCCCUGCGGUGCGCCGCGCCGCCCGCAGCUUGCCCGGCCGCGGCAGUGCUCAGGUGGUGACUGACGACUUCUACGGCCGCAAGCGGCCAAGCACGGGCCCAGUCGACGCAGGCGCGGUGCAGUCGACAAAUGUCAGCGGCACGCCGGUCAAGGUGGUGGGCGCGUUGCCGCCGGUGCCGGCUGCAUUUUCGGCUCGGGCGCCGUACAACGGUGCAGCACAGAAGCCGGUGUACGACAAGCAGUGGCCGUACGAUUUUUGGCGUACGCGCGUGUGCAAGGACUUGGUGGUGGAUUCACUCAACGGCACGGACAACCAGGCGUUUGUGUACGACAGCUCGUAUGCUUGGCCCUUCAAGACCAUCCAGGCCGCACUGGUCAACAUUAACCAGUGCGACCGGAUUCUGCUGCGCGCCCAGACGCACGCGGGCGGCUUUGGCAUCUACCGGCCUAACGUGACCAUCACCACCUACCCAGCUGACCUGGCGGCCGGCAAGCGCGCGCUGGUGCUGUGCAACGCCACCGGAGACAAGCCGUGCAUUCGCACCGGCGACGGCUUCUACGGUGGUGCGGCCGCCAUCAACCUAAACAACUUCGACGUGGCCAUGUCUGGUGGCGCCACCGGUAGCUGCAUCCACCUGAACGAGGGCGCCGGCAGCGGCACCUCAGCCUACUGGGCCUGGUACCUGGCCACAGCCGGCAAGACGGCGGUGGGGCCCCGCCUGUCCUACAUUCAGAACAUGGCGCUGACGGGCUGCGGUCUGCACGGCAUCAAGCUGUCCACCUUCAUCUACGGCGUGGUUAUGCAGAACAUAGUCAUCAGCAGCCCGGCGCAGGCGGGCAUCGAGGUGCGCGGCGGCGGCGACCUAACCAUCCGGCAGUGCAACAUCACGGGCGCGGGCGAGACCGCCAUCCGCCUGGGAGGCGGCGCGCGCAACUGCCUCGUCGAGCGCAACUUCAUAAAGGACUUCGGCGGCCGCGGCAUCCUGCUUGGCUCCGACAACACCGAGGUCGCCUACAUGAAUGUGGACUGGGCGCGCAGCAGCACUGGCUCCUGGCACGACAACAUAAACUCAGUUGUGCGGAACAACAUCAUCCACGGCGGCGCGGGCGCGGGCAUCGCCUUCUACAGCGCACGUGACGCGGUGGUGGUCCACAACACACUGCUGGGGGUGGCGGCGUCCAUGCAGGCUGGCGUGCUGCUCAAUCUGUCCCCCAAGCUGUUGAGCCCAUUGCGUGAGGUGGCUGCGCCCAACACCAACAUAACGUUCAAGAACAACAUCGUGGUGCUGGGCGGCCCGGCCUCAGCCUCGCUGGUGCUGGAGGCACGCAUCAUGCAGGCGUCCCUGCUCACGCGCAAUCUCAACACCUCCCUGCCGCAGCUGCCGACCACCAACUCCUCUGGCACCAACACCACGGCCGCCUGCCCUGUUGCCGGCACGAGCACCACUAACACAAGCACAGCCGCGGGGCACCGUCACCACCGCCACCUGCUCCGGUCCACACCGGAUCCACAAGCUGUCUCACCUGACACUGACAGCAGUGAGCACCGAGAUCUUCCUCAGAAUGCUCACCUGCUCCGCCGCCAACUGGGCGGCAUGCCAUUCGCCGAGGCUUACAUCAAUGCCCCAGGCGAGCAGGGCCGCGACGCCGACGGCGCCUGCCCCAUGUUCCCACGCGACCAUGCCUGGCACAUGGACGUGCGGGCGCUGCCCCUGCACCCCAACGGCGACGCGCUCCGUGCCCGUAUUGGCGGCGGUGGUCUGCACCCUGACUUUGGCGGCGGGUACGGCAGUGGCGCCACGCGUGUGCUGUACGGCAUUCCCUUCCUAGUAGUGGACAGCAGCCGGGGCACGCAGCUGGUGAAGAUCGACAUCGGCCCGCACGGGUACCCUGGUGAGUCGGAUCGGGGCCCCACCUCCACCUUCCCCUUUCCGCCCAACACACCCGUGGAGGGCGCCUACGCCAACUGCCCGGACACCACGUGCGGCGGUGACCGCCACAUCCUGGUGGUUGACAACGCCACGUGCCUGCUGUACGAGGCGUGGAGGAGCUUCCCGCCUGCGCUCAACUUGACCACCAACCGCUGGACGGUUGACAUUGUGGCGCGCUUCAACCUGUCGCGCAACGCGCUGGGGCGGCCGCUGGGCUGGACUUCCGCUGACGCCGCGGGCCUUGCCAUACUGCCGGGCUUGGUGCGGUAUGAGGAGAUCGUGCGGGGCUACAUCGAUCACGCCAUUCGCUUCACGGGCCCCAAUUCCCGUGCUGCCUACGUCCCGCCCGCAACCCACUUCGCGCCGGCCGGCUACACGGGUCCUGACGCGCCGCCCAUGGGCCUGCGUGUACGACUAAACGCCUCGUACGACUGCUCGCCACUAAAGCGCACGGCGCGCAUCUUCUGUACGGCGCUUAAAACGUAUGGCGGCAUCUUUGCUGACAACGGCUCUCCCUGGUACUUCUCGGGCGAGGCCACGACGCAGUGGGACGCGCUGCUGUCUGAGAUCCAGGACAUCAAGCUCAUCCCCUCCAGCGCCAUGGAGGUGCUGGACAGCGGCUGCUACUGCAUCAACGCCGACUGCACCCUGUCCGAAUGCGGCGGCGUGCCCAACGCCGACCCCAGCGCCCUGGCCGUGUACACGCCCUUCACCAACACCUCCACCCUGUCCUUUGCAAACAACUACUACUACCGCCCCGCAACCAGCUCCUACGGCAGUAGCAACAGCAGCAGUGGCGGCGGCGACGGCGGCACGGCGGCGGCACCCGCUGGGCGGUAUGUGGACCGCCGUGCGCCGCCCCUGGGCCCUGGGUAUGAUGGCGGGCUGGCGGGCUGGCAGGCGUACCUGUCGGGUGACACGGGCAGCGUGGAGGGAGACGCCAAGGUGAACAUCAGCCGCGGCUACCGGCCCGGCAGCGGCAGCCCGGCGAUUCGGUCGGUGCCGCGGCUGGCGGCGGCGGGCGAUGAUUACUACGGCAAGCCGCGUGGCGCGGUGGGCAACUUGACGGACGCCGGCGCCGCGCUGUCCUAGGCUUGACAGUAGCGGCUUGCAUUAUGGGUUUGCGUAUUGAACAUACGCUGCAUUGCCAUGUAUGUAUGCAGAAAAUGAAGUGGAUAAGUGGAUUGGCGGGGUAUGCCCCCUUGGCGAUAGUUUUGUGCUGUGAGCUUUCGUACCGCGCACUUCAAGGUAAGGCCGCCUUGCCGGCAGCACCGUGUGUGUGUGUGUGUGUGUGUGUGUGUGUGUGUGUGUGUGUGUGUGCGUGUUUGCGUGUGUGCGUGUGUGUGUGCGUGUGUGUAGGCGUGACCCGGACGGAACCGUCGCCGGAGUUGAAAGACACUCCCCUGCGAGUUGGUUGCUAGCAAGGUGGAGGGAUGCAGAGCACGCAUCUCAACACAUGCCGUAAUAAGUUGCCGGUGCUGCGAGACACUCCUCGCAGGCCCUUUCUCCGACGAAAACUCCAGCGCGCGUUUUCAUUGCCUCAAUAAAGACGGGCCUGCUAGGGGUCACUGCCCCGCUCGGGUUCCAUACGUGUACAGUAUACUGCUUAUUCAUAUUCUUUCGUGCACUUUUGCGCCGCAACACAUUCAUGCGCAUUGAUGGAGCCUUUGAUCACGCAAUGGACUGCAUGCCCAUUGCGAAUAAGGUUUUGUUACAGUGUUGCAAGCGACUCCUUGAUUCCCGGCGCUGCAAGCUAUCUAGGCUUUCAUAUCGGACGUUGCAGGGCACCGCUGGCGUUGCUGGGUUGUUGGGAAGCAGCGGUUAGUGUGUGUUCAAGAGAAACGACAAGCGCAUGGAGUGUGUGUAUGUGUGGUGUGUGUGUGUGUGUGUGUGUGUGUGUGUGUGUGUAUGUGGUGGGGGUCAUACGGAAAGCGAACACGUAGGCCGUGUGCGUUUGUGAGUGUCUCCACGAUGUAGCUGGGGCCAGGGUGUGCCCAGCAUCCCUGGCUUGGUCGGAUCGUGAGCUGUGCUUCUGUGCUGUGAUGGGCGCUGACAAGCGCGUCCUUCUGGGCAGCGUGUUUGCGGGCAGGGGACGACAAACCCAACGUGUUGGCAUGAGACACGCCAAGAAGUAACACGCACGCCACUUAAAUGCUGU